AGCACCAUCAUCAUCAUCAUCACACGCUGCUGCUUUCUUGAUCACGGCUGAAAUCUCUAAAUUCUCUUAAUUUUCUCUGCUGGAAUUAAGGGGGGAAACAGCACAGCAGACGAAGGAGAAGAAGAAAGAGAAAGAGAAGGAGAAGACGUUUCCGUUCAUGUUCGCCUGUAAAUAGCGCGCACUGGCCGCGUCGGGACGCCGCGCGCGCUCCACCAAAUACCCGGCUCAUCUGAACACGCUCAACCCGAACAGCUCUCCUGAUCCUCUCUAUAGUUCAGUAGUGUUCGGGGAGAUCUGUGACAGUGAAACUGCCUGCUGCCACCUCGACACCGGCGACAGGAUUUAAGCAUGACGGCCACCAAGGAGCAGCAGAUCCAGAGAGCCAGUGCGCAGCAGGACGAGGACUUGGGAGGAGUGAGUCCUCCUCAGAGAAACUGGAAGGGGAUCGCCAUUGCCUUGUUGGUCAUUCUGUUGGUCUGUUCGCUUAUAACCAUGUCCGUCAUUCUCCUCACUCCAGCGGACACUCUGGCUGGCAGUGACACUAAGCUGACAGUGGAGGAUCUGUUUAGUCCUGAUUUCUAUGUGCACGAUCCUGAGGCUCGCUGGAUUAACGAAUCUGAAGUUAUCUACAGGAACCGCCAUGGCCAUGUGAUUAGGUUCAACAUCCUUACAAAUGAAACAGAGAUCAUCCUGAUGAACAGUACAUUUGUUGCUUUUAAAGCCACCAAAUACUCAAUAAGCCCUGAUAUGAAGUAUGUGCUCUUUGCAUAUGAUGUUAAACAGAUUUACCGGCACUCCUUCACAGCUUCCUACAUCAUCUACAAUAUUCACACCAGGGAGGUGUGGGAGUUGGAUCCUCCAGAGGUGCUUAACUCUAGAUUGCAGCAUGCUGCUUGGGGAAUGCAGGGACAGCAGCUGGUGUAUAUCUUUGAGAACAAUAUAUAUUACCAGUCAGACGUGAAGAGCAACUCACUCAGGCUGACUUCGUCAGGAAAAGAGGGUGUUGUGUACAACGGCAUUGCUGACUGGCUCUACGAAGAGGAGAUUUUGCAUACUCAUGUCGCUCACUGGUGGUCUCCUGAUGGAGAGCGAUUGGCGUUCCUGGUGCUGAACGACAGUCUGGUGCCCAACAUGGUUCUGCCCACAUUUACAGGAGCGAUGUAUCCCAAAGGCAGACAGUAUCCAUAUCCUAAGGCAGGUCAGCCCAACCCCAUGGUUAAACUGUUUGUGGUGAAUCUUUAUGGACCAACACACACCCUGGAACUCACGCCCCCUGAUGGGCUCAAACUCAGGGAGCACUAUGUAGUGAUGGUGAAGUGGAUCAGUAAGACUAAGACUUCAGUCAGGUGGAUGAAUCGAGCUCAGAAUAUCUCCAUACUGACUGUGUGUGACUCUACUACUGGAGCCUGUGUCAAGAGACAUGAAGAGACAUCAGAGCUCUGGCUCUCCAAACAGGAUCAGAAGCCUUUUUUCUCACAGGAUGGAAGCCGUUUCUUUCUAACCGUACCUGUAAAGCAGGGUGGCCGUGGAGAGUUUCAUCAUAUCGCAAUGUUCACUACACAGGUUAGGGUGGAUCAAAAUGAUGUACGUCACCUGACAUCAGGUAACUGGGAAGUGACUGAGAUUCUGGCCUACGAUGAAAACUCCCAGACCAUAUAUUUCCUAAGCACUGAAGGAUCCUCAAGAAGACGGCAGCUCUUCAGUGUGUCCACAGUUGGUCUUUUCCCACGGCGAUGUCUGACCUGUGACCUGAACAAGGCCCACUGCACUUUCUUUAGUGCUGACCUCAGUCCAACACAACAGCAUGUUAUACUGAACUGUAAAGGACCUGGAGCCCCUACGGUCAUCGUCCAUACACUAAACACAGCCAAUUAUUUUAUUCUGGAGAAUAAUUCCCUCCUGAAAGCUGCUCUGAGAUACAAGAGAAUCCAGAUCACUGAGUAUAAAACCCUUCAGACUGACCGCUUUGAUCUGCCGCUAAAGAUUUCCUUCCCGCCAGACUUCUCUGACUCACGCCAUUAUGGGCUACUGCUGAUGAUAGACAGCGUUCCUGGGGGUCAGCAGGUGGAUGACCAAUACUCAGUGGACUGGGACUCUGUACUUGUGAGCUCGGACAACGUGAUUGUGGCUCGUCUAGAUGGCAGGGGAAGUGGCUUUCAGGGACAAAAGAUUCUACAGGAAGUACACAAGCGCCUGGGAGUCGUGGAGCUCCAGGAUCAACUAGCCGCUUUAGAAUACCUGAUGAAAUUUCCAUACAUAGAUCAGAACAGGAUAGGAGUGUUUGGUCGGGGUUAUGGAGGAUAUGUGACACUCCUUCUGGUGAAGUCCACUGAGAGUUUGUUUAAGUGUGCUGUGGCCAUGUCCCCAGUCACUGAUUGGACUUUACACGCCUCAGCAUUCUCAGAGCGCUACCUAGGAGUUCCUUUACAGGAUGACAGUAGGUACCAGUCCUCCAGUGUGUUACAGAAUGUGCAGGGCUUUAGAGACCAGACUCUGAUGCUUGUACAUGGAACUGCAGAUGCAAAUAUUCACUUCCAACACUCAGCUGAACUCAUUAAAAACCUGGUGAAGAUCGGAGCCAACUACACACUGCAGAUUUAUCCAGAUGAGGGUCACUUCCUGUCAGAACAAAGUCGGCAGCAUCUUUCGGCAUCGCUGAGUAGCUAUUUCAGAUCCUGCCUGCAGGAGGACAUCUUCCCACUUAGUGAUGAGGAAGAAGAAGAGGAAGAGUAGUCUAAAGAGUGCAUAAACAGCAGGACCUUUAAACACACACACACACACACACACACACACACACACACACACACACACACACACACACACACACACACACACACACAAACCAUUAUUCACACAUACAGUACCUGUAUAACACACACACAUAGACACACACGUACACCACUGUUCCCUGUAGGGUCCCACAUUACAGAGGCCUGCAGCUCUAAAUUUUUAGAUUUUAGAUAAGCGUGUGUGUGUGUGUGUGCCUGAGAAAGACAGAGAGAGAGCGAGAGCGAGAGAGAGAGAGAGAAUAGAUACUUAUGUAUAUAUGCAUGUGGGUUCAUGUGUUAAUGUUUAGACAAUAUGGAGUUUGAAAUAUGGGCCUAAAAGGUGUGUAGGUGUUGUAGAGUGUGUGUGUGUGUGUGCGUGUGCGUGUGCGUGUGUAUAUACUUGCUGAUAAUGGACAUUUGUAACUGGAAAUGAACUUGGUUGCUAGAACAACAACCGAAUCUUUCACAUAUUAAAAAUCACUGCUAUCUCAAAGCCAGAUGCUUCAAGCUUGGACCAAUCACAGCACAGGUUUUUAAAUGGAAUCCCGACAUGGCGAAUCACAGCACAGAUUGUCUGUUUGCGUGGACUUGAUCCAAUCACACAGCUGCAUGUUUGUGUUUGUUUUGUUUUGUUUUUUCUUUAAAACUGUGUAGACAUCGGGACAAAAGUGCUGCACUUUGUUACUGCACAAGAAAAUGCUCACUGUUUCCAUGGUAACAAUCCUGUACCAAGAAGAAGUGAUGUUUCCAUCAACGAGCUCUAAAUCACACUGAGAGGUUGAAACGAUGAGUUUGACUCUUGCACACACACACACACACACACACACACACACACACACACACACACACACACACACACACACACACUGAAUGGACUAAAUGCUGUAAAAUACAGACGCCCUGUCCACAAACAAAACUGUCCCCCACAGGUGAACUUUUUUGUUUCAGUAGGACAUGUUUCUGGAUCAAUAUUUCACUAUUGUAGCUCAAACAACAUUGAUUUUAACUAAUAUCUGCUAUCUGAGAUGACACCGGGAGUCAACUACUCAUUUGAAUUCACAUUCUCAUAAGUCACUUAAAACUUCCACUGCAGGUAAAUGUUGCCAUGUGCGCAGUUUUGCACAAUCUGAUGGCUUACUUUUGUUUCUUUUUUAUAUUAUUUUUUCAGUUGAUGACUUACUGACUUACUUACUUAUUUGACUUAUCUACAAAUCCUAAACCUCCGAAUGAUCACACACAUUGUCAUGGAAACACCCAACACACUCCUGAACUCUAUGCUCUAGCUGUGAUGUAUCCCCUGGUUCUAUUCAUCAUUAAUCUGUAACAAUGUGAAAUGUUUUGAUAAACUAUAAAUACUGCAUUACAUACUGCUUAAUUUAAAUGCAUGGCAUGGUAAUACUAGAAUAUGUCAGUACUGGUGCUGUUCAUAUGUGGACUUGUAUAGAAUGUAUAGAAUGUGGAAAAGGCAGCUUUUCAGCUUUUAUAUUGUUUCUGGGCUGGUUUUAUUGACAUGGCAACCGUGUUCCAAAAUAUGCUUUGCUUCCAGAAAGAAAGAAAAAUGGAUGUGUAGAUCUAUUUGUUCAUUCAUUGUCAUCACAGUCAUGAGUAUAGCAUGUUUUUGGGAAGUGGAAACCCACACAGUCAAGAACCCAAGCUAAGGAUUAAAAACUGGAUCCUUUGAGCUGUGAGGUAGUAUUACCAUUAUUGCACUGAUGGCAUCAGAUAGCAGUGAUCAGUUGUAUAUACUGUAAUAUUAUUCAAGUAACACACACACAAAAAAGUUGUUCAUCCAGGAACAUGUGCUACUUGAACAAAACACAUUGACAAUGCUAGACACCAGUUUUCAGUCAUCACUAAGCUUUUUGCACAAUUUUGUUAAGGUAUUUAAACUGCAAGCGUGUUUUAGAUUUGUCUAAGUAAAGCGCAGUUUGCACAAUUAUGUCACAGAAAAUUAAUUAAAACUAGACAGAGGAUCACACAUGGAGAUCGCGAUAGCUUUAGAGCACAGUAGUGCUUCAGAGCAAAAUGGCUUUCCGGGUAGAUGUCAUUAGUGUAGCUUAUAGGGUGAUAGAGCAGAAGCGUACACAGCAAGACGAGGGAUUGUUUUCUUUGUAAUCCUCGGAUGUAAAUGAUUAAGGUGACAGGAGCACAUUAACAGACUGUCUGAGAGCAUCAUGCUAAUAGCACCGCGUGAUAUACUGGAAGCUUCUGUAGCUUUUGUGCAAAUGAAAUACUGAAACCUGCUCAAACACAACUCGAGGACAAAUUUUACACAAUGUGAGUUAAAUCUGGAAAAAACUAAGUGAGAACAUUCUGUACCAUAUUCGCCAUGUUUAAAUCCGUAGUGCAGACAUUAAAGUCAUAGUGUGGACAGGCGCUGUGUAAGAGCGCAUGUGUGUAUAUAGUAGACUCCAGAGACGGCAGUGUGAUUUGUACAGAAAUGUGUAUUCAGUUUAUACAUACAGUAUAUUUUUGUGAUUUAUCAGAUAUCAUAGUAGUUUAGCCAGCAGGGUAGAUAUUGUCAUCAGUACAUAUCUGUGUUGAUUUGAUUGUUUAUCUCUUUUGUAAUUCAGAUUUACUGUUUCUUUCUGCUUUAUUUUUAUUCGUUUGGUUGGGAUCAGGGCGAUGAAAAGGAAGGGAGGUUGGAGGUUUGGGUCUUUCUGUCCUUGAGUAAUGACUAUAAAUAAACAGCUCAUCCAAACUGAUGCAGAAUCAGUGAUGUUAUACGUACAUUUAAUGUCAUCACCUUAUUAUGAAAAUCAUCAGUUAUUAUAUUUAUUUGAACAGAAAAAAUGUGUACGGCAAGAGAUGAAACAAACCAUGCAUGCCUAAUAGUAUGUAAAAAUCUUUUUUUAUUUUCAUAUUUUAUGCAAGUCUUUAAAUGUUUCUUUUUUUCUGGGUUGGCUAAAGAAAAUGGCAUCUUUUCAGCUAUGAGGCUUUAGCAUUUUACUGUAAAACAAGCACCCCCAAACCUGAGUUAUCCAAGUGAACUUGACUUGUCUUGGUAUUUUUUAUUUGUGUAAAGUAUUACGUUGCACUACAUUAAAUCAAUAUUUAAUUGAUUUCUGUUAAACAAAUAUCAUGACAUGCACUUAAUUUAUUUUCUAUUUUCUGUAACUAGCUCAGCUUAAUUUUUUUAACCACUGACUGAGUAUCCAUUCUAAUUGAAGUCUAGAAGCAGUUAAAUUCUAUUAAUAAACAUUUAAAAUGGGCACUGUAUAAUGUGAAUUUUAACCACAGCCGCUAAGGUAUUAGAAGACUGACAUGACCAAUUUUCUUAGCAUAGCUGUUCCUAUGUAACUCUAAAUCCCAACAGUGGAACAAUGUAGUAAAGUAAUUGCUGCUUUCCUGAAGGUUUGUAGCACUGCAUAAAACUGAACUACAUACAGUACAUUG